AAUGUAGGUGAACUGUUUUCAAAAUGGCUGCGUCCACGAAUGACAGUAAAGGAGCGUCUCUCUCCAAAUCCGAGUAUCUGAAACGUUAUUUAUCUGCAGAUGGAGACGCCAAGAAGUCAAGGGAGAAGAAGGCUAAAAAGAAAUGCAUUAAAGCUACAGGAAAAGGGAUGAAGAUAGUAGAUGACGAUGUGGAUUGGAAACAGCUGGCCGGCGAGGAGAAGGGGAACGAAGAGGAGGAGGAAGAGGAGGAGGCGCCAGUGGUUGCUGAGGUGAUAGACGAGCGUCCAGAUGAGAUCAAACGCCUGGAAGCCUUCAGGACCAGCAACAAAUGGAGAGUGAUGGGAGCUGAUGAAGAGGUCCCAGAGGAGGAGGAACAGAGAGUUCGACACGAUUCGCCAGAGCCCCUGUCACUCAGAAAGCAGCGUCAUGAUUCGCCAGAGCCCCUGUCACUCAGAAAGCAGCGUCAUGAUUCGCCAGAGCCCCUGUCACUCAGAAAGCAGCGUCAUGAUUCGCCAGAGCCCCUGUCACUCAGAAAGCAGCGUCAUGAUUCGCCAGAGCCCCUGUCACUCAGAAAGCAGCGUCAUGAUUCGCCAGAGCCCCUGUCACUCAGAAAGCAGCGUCAUGAUUCGCCGGACGUCUCUCCACAUAGGAGGAUUGGACAUGAAUCCCCCGAUGCGUCUCUUCGUAGACUGAAGCCUAGCGUUCCUCCAUCAUCAUCAUCAUCAUCCCAACCCCCCCACAGGACACACAGCAGAGAUUCAUCUCCGUCCAGGAAAAAAGCAAAGUCUUCGUCGUCUGCUCGUGUUGGCCAGCGCUCUUCAGGGUCUGAACAAUCCCCACCCAGGAGGCGGGCUCAGAACGGGCCCGGCUCAGACUCAGACCAAUCACCUCCAAGGAAAAGGACGCAGAUGGGAGGGGCCUCUGAUUCUGACCAAUCACCGCCCAGGAGAAGGCGAAAGGGAGGGCAGAACUGUGAUUCUGACCAAUCGCCCCCUAGGAGGCGAACCCAUGGUGGCAGGGGCUCAGACUCUGACCUCUCCCCCCCUCGUAGGCCUGACCAAUCACAGUCUCGGAGCAUGCUGUCAGGAGCCGCAGCAGGACUGGUAUCAGUGGAGGUUCUAAGAAGAGAACAGGAGGAGAACCGACGCAGAGACAAGAUCAACCAGCCGCUAGAAGAUGCGUCUCGAAAUGCGGAGACUGUGUUCAGAGAUAAGAGUGGGAAGCGGAGAGACAUCGAGACAGAGAGAGAGGAGCAGAGGAGGAAGGCUGGAGAGAAGGCAGAGAAAGACCUGAAAUAUGCCCAGUGGGGGAAAGGGGUGGCCCAGGGCCAGAUGCAGCUGCAGAAUGUUGAGGAUGCGUUGAAGGAAUCCCAGAAGCCUCUAGCACGUUCCUGUGAUGACCAGGACCUGGACAGGAUGUUGAGAGAGCAGGAGAGAGAGGGAGACCCCAUGUUGGCCAUGAUGAGACGCAAAAAGGACAGAGACAGCAAACUACGAGGAGUCAAAGAGAAGCCUCGCUACAAAGGCCCGGCUCCGCCCCCAAACCGCUUCAACAUUCCACCAGGUUACCGUUGGGACGGAGUGGACAGGUCGAAUGGUUUUGAACAGAAGCGAUACACCAGGAUGGCUGAUAAGAAGGCUGUGCAGGAGAUGGCCUACAAGUGGAGUGUGGAAGAUAUGUAGAGGAGAGAUGGAGAGGCGCUUGCUGUUAACAUCUACACCGUGAGACUGCUUCAACAAACCCAGCAGGCUCUACAUUACACACUGUACUGUGUAAAGGAAGUCAACGAUGUGGUUUUUCCUGCUUCAUUAAAUACUGUUUUGUAA